AUGGUGUCCCAGCUGAGCGCCCUGCAACGGGAGCUGCUGGGCGCCCUGCUCAGCUCCGGGGCCACCAAGGAAGGGCUGAUCCGCGCCCUGGAGGACAUGGUGCCCGCCGCCGGUUUCGGCGUCAAGCUGGAGAGCCUCCCGCUGUCUCCCGGCGGGCCCCCCGACGGCAGGGCCGCGCUCCCGGCGCUGGCCAACGGGCACGGCAAGGGCAAGCUCUCGGGCGACGAGGGCUCCGAGGACGGCGACGACUUUGACACGCCGCAGAUCCUCCGCGAGCUGCAGUCGCUCAACACGGAGGAGGCCGUGGAGCUGCGGACAGAGGUGGAGAGGAUGAUCAGCGAGGACCCGUGGCGGGCAGCGAAGAUGAUCAAGGGCUACAUGCAGCAGCACAACAUCCCCCAGAGGGAGGUGGUGGAUGUCACUGGCCUCAACCAGUCCCACCUAUCCCAGCACCUCAACAAGGGCACCCCCAUGAAGACCCAGAAGAGAGCUGCCCUGUACACGUGGUACGUCCGCAAGCAGCGGGAGAUCCUCCGGCAGUUCAACCAGGCAGUCCAGGGUUGUGGAAAUAUGACAGACAAAGGCAGUCAGGAUCAGCUGCUGUUUCUCUUUCCAGAGUUCAAUCAGCAGAACCAGGGGGCUGCCCAGCUCGACGACGCCUGCUCCGAAACGCCCAGCAAGAAGAUGCGGCGCAAUCGGUUCAAGUGGGGGCCGGCCUCCCAGCAAAUCUUGUACCAAGCCUACGAGCGCCAGAAGAACCCCAGCAAGGAGGAGAGGGAGACUCUGGUGGAGGAGUGCAACAGGGCCGAGUGUCUGCAGCGAGGAGUGUCCCCCUCCAAGGCGCACGGGCUGGGCUCCAACCUGGUCACCGAGGUCCGUGUGUACAACUGGUUUGCCAACCGGCGCAAGGAGGAGGCUUUCCGCCAGAAGCUGGCCAUGGAUGCCUACAGCUCGGGCCAGCCCCCACACAGCAUGAACCUGCUGCUGUCCCACGGCUCCCCACACCACAACCAGCCCAGCGCCUCCCCGCCCAGCAAAAUGCCAGGGGUCCGGUACAGCCAGGCGAGCGCCGAGGCCGCGUCCUCGGGGGCCAUCAGCCACCACGGCAGCGGUGCCAUGGUCACCACCAGCCAGGCUGUCCUGCAGCAGGUCUCCCCGGCCAGCCUGGACCCGGGCCACGGUUUGCUCUCUCCCGAAGGUAAAAUGAUCUCCGUGUCAGGGGGCGGGCUGCCCCCCGUGAGCACCCUGACCAACAUCCACAGCCUGUCCCACCACAACCCUCAGCAGUCCCAGAACCUCAUCAUGACGCCGCUCUCGGGGGUCAUGGCCAUCGCCCAGAGUCUGAACACCUCUCAGGCUCAGAGUGUCCCCGUCAUCAACAGCGUGGCUGGCAGCCUGGCAGCCCUGCAGCCCGUGCAGUUCUCGCAGCAGCUCCACAGCCCCCACCAGCAGCCGCUGAUGCAGCAGUCCCCGGGGCACAUGUCACAGCAGCCCUUCAUGGCCACCGUGACCCAGCUGCAGAACUCACACAUGUAUGCACACAAGCAGGAGCCUCCCCAGUAUUCCCACACCUCCCGCUUCCCCUCGGCCAUGGUGGUGACGGACACCAGCAGCAUCAGCACGCUCACCAACAUGUCAUCCAGCAAGCAGUGUCCCCUACAAGCCUGGUGA